UUUCAAGUCUUUAUACCCCCCCCCCCCCCAAUGUCCAACCUCUCUGCUUUCUGUAGCUCUGUAUCUUUAUCUAUUCAAGCCCGAGGACCACCAGUAAGCUCCUGCUACAUCUACAGCAGACAUGGACAGAAAAAAUGGCAUAUGGAUCUUGAUGCUGCUGCUCCUGGUCCUCCUGGGUGUGGCGGAGACUACAGACCCGUUGGCAGAUCUGGAAAAAAUCGCGGGGAAGCUGGUAUUCUAUCAAAUGGAGGGAAAUGCCACCUAUGUGAGAGACACAGGCGAACUGGCGUCAGACAUCCCCACAGAGACCAUGUUUGAACUCUUCGAUCCCCAGCAGAAUUUCAGCACUGCAAAAUUCACCUAUACAUGGGACUUAGGCAACGGAGAAGUGAUCCAGGGGACGGAACCGGUUGUCCGCUACCAUUACCCAGAGUCAGGGAACUACACACUGCAGCUGAAAGUAGUCAACAUGACCAAAUAUGCACCUGAAAUCACCGGGGUCUACUCCACCGAUGUUAAAGUGCUCGAUGUAAUCAAAAACAUCGAGCUGAAGGGCCCUUCUGAUUAUGCGGUGUCCCAGGACUUCAGUUUGGAUUUUCAUGUCGAUGGAAGUCCUCCCAUGUGGGUGUGCUGGCGUUUCCUGCCUAUGUGUGUGCCCGACACGACAGGGGGCUGCACACUGACCAUGUUGUAUGAAAACACCCUGAGACUGAACCACAGCUUCACCUCCACCGGAGUCCACUGCCUGGACAUCAGCGUCCGCAACGACAUCAGCCAACUGCAGACCUCCUUCAGCCUCUACGCCAAGAGAAGCAGCAACCCCCACCUCUUCUUCAUGCUGUCAUGUGCUGCCGUUCUUGUGGCAACCUUCUCCUUCAUCGCAGUUAUCGCCUGUCGCAACAGAUCACAGACCGCCGCUUCCAGCAACGCUGUAUUCCUGAAGAACCCAGACUCAGAUGACCAAAGCACGAUCCUCUUUAAGUUCUCCAACCUGGGGAGAGGAGAGAAAGAGCCUCUCAUGCAGUAUGGGACUCAGUACUUCUCCUAACCAUCACGCUGCUGCACCGUUUGCUCUCUGCCCGCGUCCCAGAUGCUUCCACGUGCACAUAUAUAUGUAUUCGACAGCAACACAAUUAUGAAGUUAUAGAAGUUAUGACCACUUUCAUCUUAUCACACAUCAACAUGUUAUAGAUUUAUGUAGCCAAAUUUGUGAAGGUACAUCAGUACACAACACUUUGCCUGAUAGGGCCUUUUUUUAAUCAAUGGAGCAGUGCCUGUUUAGGACUAUGGUCUAAGCUGUGUUAGUUAAUGGUUCAGUAAGUCAAAUACUUGUCCAGAAAGCAGGUAAUGUGAUCAAUUAAUGAUGCUGUGAGCUUAUUCAGACAGACAGAUAAUUUAAUAGCUCAAGUGUAGCUCAUGUUUAAACAAUGAGUGUUAAUUUAAGCACGCUGAGAAAAAUGCCCCAGAGCUUUUAUUUAUUUAUGUUUUUUCUUUUUUUCUCAUAUUGAUGUAUUAAUGUGAGCCUUUCUUUGCUUUGCUCUCAGAAUUGAAGCUUCCUUUGGGUUACCUUUUUUUCUUCUUUUCUUGCAGUGUUAAAUAGUUUGAUAACAAUAUAAUCAAUUCUCUGAUACAUUCAAUAUUGAUCUCUGUCAAGUGGAUACCAGAAACUCAUUUGAAGAAGGCAGAUUCAUCAGUGCAAUAAAUGUGCAGAACAUACAAAAACACCACCACUAUUACUGCUCCAAAGACUAAUAUAAUGCUUCAGAUUUUUGGGGGGGUUAGCUGGAAUGUAAACAGGGUGGAUGGCUGCAUGACGGAGGAGGCCGAUCAUGUUCAGGGUGUUGGACCCAGUAAUGAAGAUAAGGAGAGAAAUUGCAUCAUCU